AGUACAAUCCCACCCUCCAAAGAGGAUUAUCAGGCCUAAUACUCACUUAACCAUUGAUCCCAAAAGAGCUUACCCGCUUCUUCUUCAAUGGCUUCUCUCUUAUCCCUCACAAAACCCAUCUCACAAACCUCAUGCACUUCCCUUAAACCCGUUGAUGACUCCCCAAAAUCACUUCUCGUUCAAAGAAAUCUCUCCUUCGCAGGACGUGGGUUUGGAUUAUUUGGACCCGUUGUUAUUAAGGGAUCGCGAUUGGGCCUGUCGAUUGUCGUAAAAAACUCCUCAAUUCCAAGUCAACCGUUGGUGGAAGCAACUCAAAUAUCUGAUGUUCCACUUCUUUCUUGCUCAGAGGCCAUUGAAAGAUUAAGAAUUAGUCAAGAAAGUUACAAGGGCAAGGAGCAAUAUUUGGCUAUGUAUUCUAGCAUUUAUGGUGGAAUAACAGUGGAUCCGGCGGCUAUGGUGAUCCCAAUGGAUGACCACAUGGUUCAUAGAGGGCAUGGUGUUUUCGAUACUGCAGCAAUAAUGGACGGGCAUUUAUAUGAGUUGGACCAACACCUUGACCGCAUCAUAAGGUCUGCAACAAUGGCCAAAAUAAACCUUCCCUUCGAUAGGGAAAGCAUAAGAAGAAUACUCAUACAAACUGUUAGCGCUUCAAAAUGUCAAAAAGGAUCACUAAGGUACUGGCUUUCAGCAGGACCAGGCAAUUUCCAACUUUCUCCCUCCGGCUGUCGUAAAUCUUCUCUUUACGCCGUUGUAAUCCAAGCACAAUCACCACCCGAUCACCAAAAAGGCGUUAAAGUGGUAACUUCAUCCAUUCCGAUAAAGCCCCCUCAAUUUGCCAUAAUGAAGAGUGUGAAUUACCUUCCCAACGUGCUUUCAAAAAUGGAAGCAGAAGAAAAUGGGGGGUAUGCAGCGAUUUGGUUGGACGAAGAAGGGUACGUUGCUGAAGGGCCUAAUAUGAAUGUCGCGUUUGUUAAUAAGGACAAAGAACUUUUGAUGCCUCACUUCGACAAGAUUCUAAGCGGGUGCACGGCCAGAAGGGUUUUGGUUCUUGCAGAAGGACUGGUAAAGGAGGGGAAGCUUAGCGGAAUGAGAGUGGGUAACGUGACUGUGGAGGAAGGGAAAAGAGCAGAUGAGAUGAUGCUUAUCGGUAGUGGAGUUCUUGUUCGCUCUGUGGUGCAAUGGGAUGAACAGAUCAUUGGCGACGGCAAAGAAGGUCCAGUGAGUCAGGCUCUCCUAAAUCUUAUUGUGGAGGACAUGAAAUCUGGUCCGGAUACAGUUCGAGUUCCUGUUCCUUACUAACACCCUCUGGCUUUCUCAAUGGUAUGAGUUUAUGAUCGACUUCAAAUGCCACAAAGCUAUCUUGCAAUAUCAUUCCACAAAUGCAAACCACGGAGUUCAAUGACGGAGUUCUGGUUCUGUAAGUUUUUCUGGGUAACUGAAAGGUCCGUAAGUUGAUUUUUUGUAACAUAAAUAAGCAGAAUUCUUGUGCUGUUUUCAGCUAUCUGCUGGGGAUAAAAGACGCUAGGAUUGAGCAAAAAUGUAAGAUUGGUGCAAAAAAGCAACUAAUAAGAACCAUUAUGCUCAGUA